AAAAGAAAGAAAUGAAGGGGGUAUAAGAGUAUUUUUACCUAUUUCGUCGCUGGAAGAACCGAGCAGAGUAAAAAGCUUCACCGUUACCCUAAUAAACCCUUUCUCGCUAGCUCCUUUCCUCUCUCUGAAUUUGUUGUCGCCGAACAACCCCUUCGUGAACUUAACAGUUGAACGGAGAAACAAAGAAAAAAAAUGGGAAGAGAAAGAGAAACUCCAAAAGAGCAACAACAGGUUUCUUACACAGUGGAGCAGCUUGUGGCCGUCAAUCCUUACAAUCCCGACAUCCUCCCUGAUCUUGAGAACUACGUUAAUGAGCAGGUUUCAUUGCAAACAUACAGUCUGGAUGCUAAUCUCUGCCUUCUUCGCCUCUACCAGUUUGAGCCUGAGCGUAUGAGCACCCAAAUUGUUGCACGCAUUUUGGUUAAGGCCCUCAUGGCAAUGCCAGCUCCAGAUUUCAGCCUUUGUCUCUUUUUGAUUCCAGAGCGAGUGCAAAUGGAGGAGCAGUUCAAGACACUGAUUGUUCUCUCCCACUAUCUGGAGACUGGAAGAUUUCGUCAGUUCUGGGAUGAAGCAGCUAAAAGUCGUCAUAUAGUUGAGGCUGUGCCAGGUUUUGAGCAAGCAAUCCAGGCAUACGCCAUUCAUGUCCUUUCCCUGACUUAUCAAAAGAUUCCAAGACCUGUACUUGCUGAGGCUAUUAACAUUGAAGGUCUAUCCUUGGACAAAUUCCUUGAACACCAGGCGGCCAACGGCGGCUGGAUUCUUGAGAAGGGUCAUGGCAGGGGUCAACUAAUAGUCUUACCUCAGAACGAAUUUAAUCAUCCUGAGCUGAAGAAAAGUGCUGCUGAUAGUGUUCCAUUGGAGCACAUCACCCGUAUUUUCCCCAUUCUCGGUUAACCUCUUGUACGGAUGAUGACUUUUUGGAGUAAUUUCCCCAAGUUUUGCAUCCUUCUCUUUGUUUUUUUUUGUCUUGGAUAUAUAACGAGAACAAGCUAUUUUAAGAGCCUCGUCAAACUAUGUCAAAGAUUAACUUUGAGGGGUACUUUUUUAUUUUUUGUUUUUCACCAUCAUAAUAUAGUUAUUUAUUAUUUUAGAUUUUG